AUGCGUGUCGGCAGUCUUCUCCGACUGCUCGUUGCGGCGGCGGUAUUCGUCGAGGGAGCCCGAAACGUCAGCCAGUCAUCGGAUGACGGAGAGGGAAGUGUCAGCCAGCCGUCAGAUGACGGAAAUGUUAGCCAGUCGUCGGAUGAAGGAGACGAAAAUUUCAACCAAGAGUCGAAUGAUUCUCAUCUCGCCGGCCCGUCGGAAAAUACUCAGCUUGCUGCCGCCGGCUCUCUACACUCUCUCAAGGGCAUCCUUCUGCUACUCAAGUCCGUAGCUGCAAUUGGCGAACAGGAAUUCCUAGGAGCUUUGCAGUCGAUUUGCAAGGCCGGGAGGAGCGAACACGAACACCCCGAAGUCUGUGACGGCUACAUGAAGUCCCAAUACAAGGCCAUAAUUAGAGUGGUCCGGCAGGCGAGACUAUAUGAACCUACCUCCAAAAUUUUCUGCAAUGCCGUCUUCGGUCUCUGUCCUAUCCCCAGGGCGAAGCAAUUCGUCCCCUCCGUUCAAAAGCCAAGAGAGUACUCGCGUCCAGAGACGAGCGGGAAGACGCUGCUCAAAGUUGUGCACUUUUCGGACAUGAACAUCGACCCCCAUUACACGGUAGGCGCCAGCACGGAUUGCAACAGGCCAAUCUGCUGUCGGUCAUACGACGAGGAUGACGCUCCAGGUGUAACCAUGAAUCCCGCCGGCAUCUUUGGUCACCACAACUGUGAUACCCCCGUUAGUCUCGAGAAGAGCAUGUACGACGCCAUUCACCGGCUCGUUCCCGAUGUCGCCUUUACACUCUUUACCGGAAACAUUAUGCAUCACGCGGCCUGGAACACAACCAAGAAGGCCAACGCUGUACACCUUCGCGCCGCCAUGGGCAGGAUGGACGACAACCUCGACGUCGUGUACGGGACCGUCGGCAACCUUGACUCCAGCCCCGCCAACCUCUACCCGUCCUCCCGUUACUCCAAGGGCAUCAAGCCCAAGGCGAGGUCGUCCAAGUGGGUGUACGAGCUGUUCGAGCCCUGGUGGACGAAAUGGGCCGGCAACCUGGCCAUCAUGGACACCCGGACCCGCGGCGCCUACUGGGCCCGGUUCAUGGCCGGCCACGGCCGCCAAUUCAAGCUCAAGUCCAGCCGGCUCAAGGUCAUCGCGCUCAACACCAACCACUACUACCGCUACAACUUUGACAGCCUCCGCGAGCCCAUGGAGAAGGACCCGAGCAAGCAGUGGGACUGGCUCGCGUACCACCUCGACACGGCCGAGGCGGACGGCGAGCGCGUCUGGAUCACCGGCCACUCGUCGUUCGGCCACGUCGACACGCUGCACGACUCCUCCUGGACCUUCAACAAGAUCGUCAACCGCUACAGCCACCUCAUCGGCGGCAUGUUCUUCGGCCACACCCUCCAGGACCACUUCGAGCUGCACUACCGCGACUACGACAACCGCAACCACACCAACGCCCGCGCCGUCUCCUACAUGGCGCCCUCGCUGACGCCCCUCUCCGGCAUGCCCUCCUUCCGCGUCUACCACGUUGACAUGGACACCUGGGGCAUCAUCGACGUCGUCCAGUACGUCGCCGACAUGGAGGACCCGGGCUGGGCCACCGAGGGGCCCAAGUGGAAGAAGUACUACUCCGCCCAGGAGAUCUACGGCCCGCUCGUCCCGGGCUUUAAGACCGACGGGCCCUUCCCCCACGAGCUCUCCCCGGCGUUUUGGCACAACGUCACCGAGGUCCUGCAGCGCAACGAGACGGCGUUUGACGAGUACAUCGCCCGCAAGACGCAGGGCUGGAACGUCAAGGAGUGCAGGGGCAAGUGCCGCGAUGACGAGAUCUGUAGGCUGCGCGCGGGCCGCGCCAGCAACAACUGCUACGACGUCGGCCACGUGCCCCCGAAGCAGCAGCUGAAGAGGGACGGCGGCGGGGCCGCGGAGGAGCGCGAUGGCCUUUCCUUCGCGGCGACGGUGCUUCGCGGCCUCGCGACCGACAAGGCGACGCUGCGGAAGCUCAAGGGGCUCUCGAAUAAGCUCGGCGCCUCGAUAAAUGCAACCACGUUCAGCGCCGAGAGAGGCUGGUUCUGA